UGGCGUCCACUACUCUGGCAUGGGAGAGUCUCAUACUAAUAUGAGUGCCUUUCUCGCAAUAACUGUUCAUUACAAGAACUGAACAGUACAGGCUUAAAUCCACUCUUUCACAAUGUCAACGACGACGACAGGAAAGGACACAGAAGCUGAUCCAAAGGUCGUGCGCGACAUCCUCGAUAAGCUGAAAUCAGAAGGACUCUUCGACCAGUUUCGCAGAGACUGUCUUGCCGAUGUUGACACAAAGCCUGCCUUCCAGAAUCUGCGACAAAGGGUAGAGGGCUACGUAUCACGCUUCUUGACACGCCAAGUAUGGAGUCCAAACCUCAACAAGAACCAUCUCAGGGACAGCUUGCGACGCCAGAUCAACCAGUCAGGAAUGCUGGCUACUGGUGUGGAAAGAGUGAUAGAACAGGUGGUUAAUCCUAAGAUCUUUCAUGUGAUCAAACCAAAGAUUGACGAGGUGGCAUGUCAGCACCUCAACAUUGAUCCUGACAAGAGGAAAGAACGAAUGGAAUUUAAGAAAAAUCAGCAGAAACAGAAUUUACAAAGUCUAAUGAGCCUGAGUGUUCCUCCCCCAGAUUUUCAACAGCAGCAAGCAAGUCAGCAGCCAACUCCCCUCCUGCCUCAAUCUGUCACUCCCUUCGGUAGUCCCCCUCUGAUGGCAGGAUUUCCUCAAGCUGCCAAUAUGUGGCAGCCCCAGACUCCUCAGUCCUCCAUGAGUUCCUACCCACCAGGAAUGAUGAACUUUCCUAUGGCCAUGCCUGUGCCUUUGCCUUAUGGAAUGCCUCCACAGGCAUUUCCAUACAUGGCAAACGCCUGGGGUGGAUUCACCAUGCCAAAUAUCUAUACCAAACCCCCUGGUUUUGAUACCCCUUCCUCUGCGGGCAGUGAAGCAACGGUGACUUCCACGAAUCAUCCGAUCCCUGGGGUGCUCGGUCAGUUUGGGGUCAGUCCAGCUAUUGUCCAGAGUCCACUAGCUAUAUCGUCACCAUCAGUAUCACUCAAUGCUAGCAUUGUGGAUACCCCUACGCCACCAAAACCAAGUCUGCCACCCUUACCCCCGAUUCCAAAAACUCCCCCACCCCCAGGAACAGAGGAGGCUCCUGCCAUCCCCAAAGGCGUGUCUAAACAGGAGGUCAGCAAGUCUCUGUUUAAGGAAGAAAAAAACAUCCUUGAGGAUAUUCCUCUGCCGGCCAUGCCUCCCACACCCAAGAAAAAGGAGGAUACAAAACAGCCUGCAAAGAGAUCUGAUAGUGAGUCAGUCGUUUCUGAUUUGAAGACCUCAGGCGAUGAGAGUUCUCAAGAUCUGACAAUGUUUACCACAGACAGUGAGAGUUUGGACACACAGUUUACCUACAAGACGGGCGAUGAGGAUACCAGCACUGGUCAGAACACAGCCCACUCCAAGGAAGAUGGUGAAGCAAAGCGUCCAUAUAAGUUUGAGUGGAAUCGUGAAGUGGAUGAGAUGUCAGAAUUGUCGGUCAGUUCUGUCCACACCAGUGACCUGUCACUGUUCAGUGAAGGUGGCUCAAGUAGUUUGACAAGUGACCUGUCAGAUGACGACAUACCUGCACCAUGCUACAGUCCACAUCAUGGCGACCAACAAUCAAUACAAGACCAGCUUGAUGCAGAAAUCAAAGAAAGUGAACUGGACACCAGUCAAAGCAUUUCUCCUAAGCCAUCCACAUCACCAUUGAAGGUAUCACCAGCCUCGUCUCCCGUACCAAUGGAGGACCUCACAACAUCCUCCUCAUCCAAGUCAGAAACAGACACAGCUGUCGCUCUGGAGUCCAAAACAACAUCUAUGACCACUUCAACAGAACCAUCUGUGACCGCAAACUUGCCAAAUGUCACAGAAUCUGCAGAGGCCACAGUACCGCCAAAUGCUACAGAAACUCCUCUGGGUGUAAGCCCACCAAAAGUCACAGAAUCUUCCAAGGUUUUAUCUAAGGUGACAGAUGUGGUGGAGGAUGUAGCACCCAGGGUUGUGACACCUGGAAAACCACGGCGUCUUAUAUCUCUACAAUACAACUACAGUGACAGUGAUGAUGAAGAGACAAGGGAGGAACGCAAGGCUAGAAUCGCACGUGAGAAGGAAGAGAGGUAUGUUCAGCGGUUACAGAGGAGGGCUGAACUGGAAGCCCGACGUAAGGAUCGAGAGGAAGAGAAGGCUAAACUACGAGAGGAGAGAAAGAAGUCCAAGGAAAGCAAGAAAGAAGAAGAACCAGACAAAGAUUUGAGCAAGGAGGAGGCCGAUAUUCAAAUUGAUAAGUAUCCGGAUUCUCCAGAAAAAAAGAGGAAAAAGACUAAAGCAGAAUUGAAAGAAGAACUCACCAAGCAAAAAGUGCAGGAGAAAAAGGAAGCCCUCCGACGGCAGCGAACCAGGACUAGGCGGUACACAUCAGAUGAGUUCACCUCUAUCUACACAGAGAAAAAACAACCAUUCUCCAGUCAGAGUUACGAAGAAUUAGUCGUUGAAGAAAUGGCGGUGGAGGAAACAAUAGAAACAGAAACUGUGGAGACAGAUUUUACUAUAGGGAUGAUGGUUGAUAUCACUCCUGAUAUAGACCUGUCUCAAGGACAGGAAGUGACCUCACAAGCACAGGAAAUGACCUCGCAAGCACAGGAAGUGACCUCACAAGCACAAGAAGUGACACCACAUGGGGAGGAUGUUGCAAAAAAUACAAACACAACUUUAAGUUCAGUUGCGCUUGAAGAAAGUUUUGAAUCGCCUGCUACUCCCACUCAGGACGAGACAGCAAAUGAAAACCAGGUGGCUGUCAAUCAGGAUACCACCUCUAUACCGAUAUUUGAGGUCGUAAACCCCACCUCUGUAGGACUAGGUCAAUCUGUCCACCAGACAAGGUCUCGUAGCAAAAUCAACGAUGAUAUUCACAGCACUUCAUCAGGUUGUGCAGCCAGCCCUAUGAGUGACGUCUCUGAUAAAUCAGACGCUGGACGCCGCACUGGUAAACGAAAGAGAGAUGACAGUGGCCAAAGACAGCCGAGUGUUGACACAGAAACAAGAGGCAAGCGUGGACGUGUCCGACGUUCCCCAUCUCAGACUGAAGAUGUGGCAGGCAACAAAUUGACAGACACAGAGAAAUUGAGUUCUAAGCGGUAUGACACAUCUGACCUUUACAAACCUCAUCGGACCUUUCGUAGUUCCCGACGUAAUACUUCUUCACCAGCGCAGGUUAACGUGUCCAAAUCUGAAAAAGCCAAGUCGUUAUUGGACACAAGCCCAAUAAGUUCAAGAUCGAACUCACCUGUUUCUUUAAUUGGACAGACUAGUCCUAUUUCCUCUUCAUCAGCCUCGUUUUCAUCCUCGGUGUCACACACAAAAUCUAAGUCAAGGUCAAGGUCAAACUCUUCAUCUUCAUCUGGGAGUCAACACUCAGGAAGUAGUCAAUCCUCUACCAAAAAAUCAGUUUCUGGUUCCUCCUCGUCGUCAUCUGUAGAUGAGUUUGGGCGAAGAAAACGGAAGAAUCUGAAGAUGCCAAUUGACAUGGUCGACUUUGGUGAGGCAGCUAGGUUGGCUAAAAGUAGUCUGAUCAAUGUUGACUUUGGUGAAGCAGAGCGCUGGGUGCAACAGCAAGGCAAAAGACCAGGACGUGCUCGAGGUGGAAAUCCAACAAGGUCUGGUCACCCAGGACGAGGAGGAGCAGUCCCACAGGGAAGGGGACAAUGGCAUGGUACAGGGUCCUGGGGUUUUCCCAUGGAUGGAUCAUCAGGGACAUCGCCUCCCCAGAGUCCACAGAAACACUUUUACACAUUUGAACACCAAAUGCCAAUUGAAAAACCAACCUCACCCCACUCCCAAUUCUCUAAAGAGGAUACCCCUCCCCACGGCUGGCAGAAUACCUCCCCUCCACAUCGUCGGGUACCUCGGCCAGAGUCUCCACCUUACCCCUACCCCUACCGGGGGCGGGACACUCCACCGCUUCCUGGCUAUUCUAGGCAAAGGUCAGAGUCGCCUGUGUAUAGGUCAGGGUCACCAGGUUAUAGGUCAGGGUCACCAGCCUAUCGACGACCAAGUAUGGAGUCGCCUCCUCAUUACCGGUCUCCCUCACCUCCUCAAAAGAGACCACAUGCACGGAGCAAGAUGUCACCAUCACCCACAUCACGACCUAUGGGCCACAUUCAAAGGGCAAUAUCUCCUGAUGACUGCAUUGAAACCAUUUCCAGUUCGUCAGGUUCAUUUGACGAUCCUCCAUCUCCCACCAGAAGGUCUCAGUUAUCGGUAUCUCCUACCCACCAUCAUGUAAUUCGAGGACGUCGAGCCACAUCUCCCUCCCCGGGGCCUGUGAGAGGCCAAAGGUCACCAUCUCCACCUCUGCACUUACCUACAAGGGGACCUCCCUCACCAGGGAACCAUCCUGUCACUAGAGGGCCAUCAUCUCCGUCUUCUCCCUCUUUAAGACAGGUUGUCAGAGGACCAAGGUCUCCUUCCCCUCCCCACCUCUCCCUUAGGGGACAAAGACCCCCCUCCCCUUCAUCUAGACCUUUGAGUAGAGGACAGGUUUCCCCAUCAGCCAUAGAUUCACCCCCUCUUCCUAAACGUCACCAUCCUUCAUCACCACCGUCCAGGCCUUUGACCAGAGGACAAAGAGUAGUCUCACCACCUUAUAUGGAAGAGGCGAUUCCACCUACCAGGGCACUGAGGAGCCAGCGUCCUCCCUCACCUCCAAUGAUGUCACAACGACUACGCAAUAAACACACUGCCCCUGACCGCUUCUCACCACCACCCAUCCAGAGGGAAACAAGAAGACAGAGACCUCCUUCACCCCCACCUCCCACACGGUUCAAUACAACCAAAAAGGUCAAACGCUGAACAGGGGUGACACUUGAAUGGUUGUGCUAACAUUUAUAUUUCCUGCAGGAAUUAUAAUCUAGUGACUUUUUGAGAUUUCACUAAUUUGUGUCUACAGCUGGAGAGAUUUCAUCACAUUGUGUAUGGCUGGAGAGAUUUCAUCACAUUGUGUAAAUAGUGCUGGAGAGAUUUCAUCACAUUGUGUAUAGCUGGAGAGAUUUCAUCACAUUGUGUAAAUAGUGCUGGAGAGAUUUCAUCACAUUGUGUACGGCUGGAGAGAUUUCAUCACAUUGUGUAUGGCUGGAGAGAUUUCAUCACAUUGUGUAUGGCUGGAGAGAUUUCAUCACAUUGUGUAAAUAGUGCUGGAGAGAUUUCAUCACAUUGUGUACGGCUGGAGAGAUUUCAUCACAUUGUGUAUGGCUGGAGAGAUUUCAUCACAUUGUGUAUGGCUGGAGAGAUUUCAUUGUGUACGGCUUGAGAGAUUUCAUCACAUUGUAUAUGGCUGGAGAGAUUUCAUCAUAUUGUGUACGGCUGGAGAGAUUUCAUCACAUUGUGUACGGCUGGAGAGAUUUCAUCACAUUGUGUAUGGCUGGAGAGAUUUCAUCACACUAUACAUACAGCUGGAAAGAUUUGAUCAUUUUCUGUAUACAGCUGUUAAGAUUCGACUCCAAGGUUUUUCCCAUUCUCAAACAAAACUCUUUUAUUAUACCCCUCAUAAAAAAGUUUGUCCGGCCGUCCUGAAAUCUUUCUGUGUCAGAAUCAUGUCUCCAAAUUCUUCAAUAAAUGUGCCCGACAGACAGGACAAGAUAGAAAAAUCUAGAACAGAUAUACAGUGUACGAGAUUUUUCAUAUUUAAGAAAAUGUAUUUGCUACAAUUAUGUCAAAACAUGCUUAGGUAACUAAGCAUUAUCGUUUUCGACACAACACCAUGUGCUUACAAAAACGUGAAAGGGGUCCCCUUAAUAAAACUGUACAGGGAAAAGUUUCUAUGUGAAAUCUAGGUGGAAAGAAUAACCAUUUUCAUUUACAUAUAUCUCAUGAUCAUGUUACAAAAAUAAUCCCAAGUCUUUGGUUAAAAGACUGAAGAUCGUAUUGGCAGGUCAGUGAUGAAAGGAACUUUUAACAUGUUUUAAUUAGUGCUUCUUGAAAAAAGAUGGGAGUGCUCUGAUAGACAGGUGUGCUUAUUAAGUCUAAUAGGGUAUGUGUUGAUGAGAAGUCUUGGUGAAGCUGUAAUUAUAAACCCAAGGAUCAUAAUGAAAUAUAAUUGUUAUUAAAUGUUACCUUGGAAAACAAACCAAAACAUUUCAUAGAACAUUCUAAUCUUCGUUUUUCAUCGCUUAGCAUUCACUUUUAUACCAUAUUCUUAUACAUCAUACAAACUCAUCGGAAGAUCAUGUUGCAAAAAUAGAACUGUUGUUAAUAAAUAUUAACAAAUGUUGUCAUGAAAUUGUGGGAGAAAAGUACUGCUAAUGAUAUUGCUAAAUCAAGAAUAAAAAUCCUACAUUUAGUGACA